ACACCAUGGGAUCCUUUUGCCACCAUGGACUCUGCUUGAAUGUGUCUGUGUCUCUUAUAUGUUUGUGUGAAUUUGGCGAAGAGAGGAAGGGAGAUGGGCGUUUGCACCCUGGAAGACUGAACAGCUACGAUUGCAGCAGCCUGAGCCAAUCAGCCGGCGAGCACCAUGCCUCCUGAUUCUUAAUUGGCUGGUUUUCCCGGUGAGUGCAGCUGACACACACAGAGCCAGCUGGUUUUAUGAGAGAAUGAGCCCGGGCCACAGUGGGAACAAGACAACGAAGAGAAGCAGAGAUAUAGAGAGGAAAGAUUCAGAGUGUGUGUGAGAGUGUGUGUGUGUGUAGCAGCCAGUAAUUACCUUCCAGCAUCUGAACCAACCAAGAGCCGUAGAAAGGGAGAUACAGAGGGAGAGCAUCCAUUUAGAUUCCCAGUCUGUUUCCAGCAAAGAGGUAGACAGGGUGUUUAUUGAAUCAGAGUCACAGAGAAGGAACGGAAGUGUUUCCCUUGGAGCGGCACUGCUCAUCCUUUCUCAUAUUUGCCGAGUCGUGCUGGGUGAAAACAGAUGGACAAGAUGAACCACAGCUCAGCUGAGACAGAGGCUGAAACCAUAGAGCCGCUGCGUUACCUGAGUAAGGAGGAGGCUGCGGCUAUCGAAACAGAGCUACUGAGGGACUACAGAUUUGGACAACAGCAGCUGAUAGAGAUCUGGGGACAAGCAUGCGCCCUUGCUAUAACUAAGGCCUACCCUCUCAGCUCUCUAACGAAGAAGCAGCCAACAGUGCUGGUCAUCUGUGGUCCAGAUCAAAAUGGCUCCAUCGGCCUGGUGUGUGCCCGACACCUGCGUAUGUUUGAAUAUGAGCCCACCAUCUACCACCCCAAACGCUCCACUCAAAGUCUACACCAGGAUUUCACAGUCCAGUGUGAGAAGAUGGACAUCCCUUUCCUCUCCUAUCUUCCCACAGAGGUCCAGCUCAUAAAUGACGCUUACAACCUCGUGAUUGAUUCCAUGCUUGGCCCAGAGGCAGACUGUGCCAACAUUAAGGAGCCCUACUCUGGUAUUCUGGUUACCCUGAAACAAAUCAAGACCCCAAUUGUCAGUGUGGAUGUGCCCUCAGGUUGGGAUGUAGAAGAACCAAGUCAGGAUGGGAUUAAUCCAGAUGUUCUCAUCUCACUUACAGCACCAAAGAAGUGUGCCAUGAGUUUCUCAGGGAAGCAUUUCUUGGCCGGACGCUUCCUGCCCUAUGACAUCCAGAAAAAAUACGAGCUUAACCUCCCAGACUAUCCUGGCACAGACAGUCUCAUAGAAUUGUAACACAUGGCAAACAUAAGAGCCAGUGUGGCCACUCCUCACUUUAAUAAACGUACAGUUAAUCUAUUCUCUCUCUGUUUUACAUUUUAUAGAUUGUUAAUGUGAUUUGAUGUUAACAUCUCAGUUGCGUAGAUCAGGCUACAUCUUAGCCAAAAUGUGCUGAUGAGCUACAGUAGGAGGAUAAUAUUUAGAAACUAUGGUCAUGUCUUUUUAGGGAAUGGCAUGAGAAGUUUUUGUGUCAGACUACUUGUAACAGCUGUAGCAUUACACUGUUUUCUGAUUACUUUGCAAAAGACAGGAAUUUCUUUUUCCACUGUCGCCAUAGAAAGAUGAAUUUUCUAUGAAGCCAACCAUUGGAAUUUUUCUUCUUCUUCUCCGAAUGUUUUUAAUGUUCCUGUUCUGCUCUUUUUGUCAUGUUUAACUUUCUACUGAAGUGUGCUGCCGAGGUUAGUUAAUCUAGAGAGGAAACAGUGAAUUUUCUGUUGUGAUUUUGGUUUGUUUCAUUCAACCUGCAUUUCUGAAUCAAUUUUGUUUCAGUUACUUCAUGAGCUGACAGUUCUUGUCCAAUAAAAGAGUUCAU